ACAUUCGAACGAUCUGUCAAAUCAUUCCGUGAAUUUUGUUUUGUUUACGGCAACGAACCGCCUGCGUUCGAGAGAAUUUAGCCGAAAUGGAGCAGAAAUUAAAGCUGCUGGUGUGUGGCGAUGUACGUGGGAAGCUGAAGGCGUUUUUCGCGCGCAUUGAGAACGUAAACAAGAAGAGCGGUCCGUUCGAUUUGGUGCUGUGCGUUGGUGAUUUUUUCGGUUCCAGUCCUGAAAUAGAAGUACUACAGCAGUACAAAAACAAUGUUAAAUCAGUUGCUGCACCGGUUUACAUACUCGGUCCGACACGGAAGGACUUAGCUGAAUACUAUGCGGGCACAGAGGAUGGAGAUAUAUGUACAAACCUUAGCUACCUUGGAAAGCGAGGCGUUUACACAACUUCUGGUGGUCUUAAAAUCGCUUACCUUAGUGGCAUCGAAAGCUCAGAGGGAGGAACCGAAAGCAAUAAUGAGUGGACGUACGGUAAAGCCGACGCCAUUGCCGUUCGUGAUUCGUGCUUAGCUGGCAAGGCUAACAUGGGAGAUUUUAGAGGCAUCGACAUACUGCUAACAUCGCAGUGGCCUUUCGGAAUGCAGGACAGUGUAAAGGAUGGUUCGAAGUUGGUUUCUUGGCUGGCAAAUGCCGUAAAACCGAGGUACCACUUUUGCGGGUUAAAUGACGAAUGUUAUGAAUCUCCACCCUACCGAAAUCUUCCGGACAAAAACACUCAGAUGGAGCUAGCCACCCGUUUCGUUGGGCUAGCCAGCUUCGGCAAUCCGGAGAAGAAAAAACACAUUUACGCCCUAAGCAUAACGCCGGUGGAGAAGAUGCGCGUGUUGGAAUUGAUACAAAAAACCACCGACGAAAUUCCUUCCCCUUACACGGACCUAUCCCUACUCACCGAAACCGACCACAGAAGUACGGCCGACAAGAGGGACGAUCAAUACUUCUACGACAUGAACACGUACGAUGAUACUCGGCGCAACAACAAGCGACGCAGCAAUGAUCCCGCCAACCAGGGUCAGAAGCGCACCAGACCAACGUUCGAUCAGGAAAAGUGUUGGUUCUGCCUGUCGGCCGGUAGCAUCGAGAAGCAUCUGAUCAUUUCGGUUGGAGAACAUUUCUAUCUUGCGCUAGCGAAGGGUCCCAUCACCGAAACGCACAUCCUAAUCCUUUCCAUCACACACAUCCAGUGUGCCGCACUGCUGUCGGAACCACAGUGGACGGAGCUGGUACGGUUUAAAAAAGCACUCGCCCAAUUUUAUGCCGACCGUGAACAGAAGGUGUUUUUCUACGAACGCAACUUCAAGACGGGCCAUCUGCAAAUCAACGCUAUCGGAAUCGAUGAGAAUGUGGCAUGGAAGAUACAGCACGUGCUGGAGGAUAAGGGUGAAGAGUAUAGUGUACAGCUGGAAAAAGUACCGGCCCUUAACGCUCCCAGUGAUCUGCCGGAAAGAGGACCAUACUUCGUGGCGGAGCUACCCGAAGGGACGGUUAUGCUAUCGCGGCAGAUGAAAGGAUUUCCGUUGCACUUCGGACGGGAGAUUAUUUGUGCGGACAAUUUGCUCAACUGUGAGGAGAAAGCGGACUGGCGGCAGUGUAACUGCACGAAGGAGGAAGAGGACGAGAUGGUAAAGAAAUUCCGCGAAAGUUUCAAACCGUACGAUUUUACGGUGUGAUUUGGAAGGUUGAGACGUGAAAAACAUUUAGGAAAAUCAUUUAAUUAUACAAAGAAGGAAUUAUGCAAUUUUUUCCCACUGAAUAAAACAAAAAACAUGAAAAGGUA